UGUGCUUGGAUAAUUCACCCAAGACCACCAAGGAGCCCUAAUCAUGGCCAAAGAAUUCCGUAACCAUGCAUUCUGGAGGGGUGUGAUGGCUGAGCUGAUAGGCAUGACUUUAUUUGUCUUCAUUAGUAUAACAGCAGCUCUUGGUUCAGAAUCCACUGGUCCUGCUCAAGAAGUGAAGGUGUCGCUAGCCUUUGGGCUAGCUAUUGCUACUUUGGCACAAAGUUUGGGUCACAUCAGUGGGGCUCACCUGAACCCAGCAGUGACUCUAGGGCUGCUUACAAGCUGCCAGAUCAGUGUAUUCAGGGCUGUAGUGUACAUAAUUGUUCAGGUCCUGGGUGCAACGAUGGCCAGUGGAAUUGUCUAUGGACUCCAACCAAUAAACAGUACUGUCAGCCUUGGUCUGAACACGUUAAACAACACAAGUCAUGCCCAGGCCAUAUUUAUUGAACUUCUUGUCACCUUCCAACUGGUCCUCUGUGUCAUAGCAACCACAGACAAGAAAAGGAGUGAUGUUACUGGUUCUGCACCCUUGGCCAUUGGACUGUCGGUUGCUCUAGGACACCUUGGGGCUAUUAGCUACACUGGCUGUGGAAUGAACCCUGCCCGGUCCUUUGGCCCAGCUGCUGUAAUGGGGAAUUUCAAAGAUCAAUGGGUUUUCUGGGUGGGACCCAUGGUUGGCGGUGUCGCCGCUGCACUCGUUUAUGAUUUCAUCCUCUGUCCCAAACCUGAUGAUCUGCCUGAUCGAUUGAAGGUGCUGGUCAAUGGUCAGGCUGGAGAAUAUGAUGUCAGCUCACCUGAAGACAACAGAGUAGAAAUGACAUCAAAAUAAGCAGAAGAUGAUGUAACACAUGCUUUAUUUAUACGGCUACUCUAGAGCUAUACUGAUCCAUGCAACAAAAUGAUACUGGAAGUUUCCAGAAAAUUACACAUUUUCUGCUUCCCAAUAUUGUUUAUGUUGUUUAGUUUGUGCGCUCUGCCUUAGUUCUUAAGUUUAUGUAAUAUGUUUUGUAUUUUUAAAUCUAAAAGGCUUCAUGGUAUUUUAACAGUAUU